AAACACAAGAAAGAGUAGCUGCUACUGCUUUUCUUAUAAGUCCAGAAUAAUAGUGGUUUCCCUUCCAAUCCACUCCCCAAUUCCAAAGAGCCCACACAUAUAAAAGUAGAAGCAACGACACACACACUGCUACUACUAGUAGCAAGCAAAGAAAGUUCUAGAUCAGGCAGAGGGCAUUAUCGUCAUUUCCCAACGACCCCACUCUCUGCCUGAAUACACACCAACACCAGAGUCUCGCACACAGUGAUUUCUUAUUUUUUUGUUUUGUUGAGAGAAAGUUGGAGUCGACGACGACGACGAGGAGAAAUACCGAUUUCUGUGUGACUGUUGUUUCCAGAUUGGUUUCCAAUUCGGGCAAGUGAUUCGUUAUUGGUGCAAACAAAAGAAGUAAGAAUGGAGAGGAGCACACCGGUGAGAAAACCACACACAUCCACAGCAGAUCUGCUCACUUGGUCUGAGAAUCCCCCAGCCGAUUCUCCUAACCUUGCCUCCUCUGCUUCUCGCUCCGCCACGCGCUCCCACCAGCCGUCGGAUGGGAUCAGUAAGGUUGUGUUUGGAGGACAAGUCACGGAUGAGGAAUUCGAGAGCUUAAACAAACGGAAACCUUGUUCAGGGUAUAAAAUGAAGGAGAUGACUGGUAGUGGCAUAUUUCAUGGAGAAAGUGAUGAAGUAGAAUCUGAAAUUGCCAACCUUACUCCAGCUAACAAAACAGGAAUACGCAUGUACCAGCAAGCCGUAACCGGAAUUAGCCAUAUCUCUUUUGGUGAGGAAGAUAGUGUAUCUCCCAAAAAGCCUACUACUUUGCCUGAGGUUGCAAAGCAGCGUGAGUUAAGUGGGACACUGGAAAGUGAGGACGCAAAUUUGAAGAAGCAGCUUUCUGAUGCAAAGUGCAAGGAGCUUAGUGGACAUGACAUCUUUGCACCCCCUCCUGAAAUCUUACCUCGGCCAGUAACUGCUCGUACAUUGGACUUGAAAGGAAGCAUAGAAAUUGGUGAAGCUGCUCCAGUACGCACAUCUGUCAAAGUUUCUAAUCCUGCUGGAGGUCAGAGCAAUAUUAUGUCCGAUGAUGAACCUGUUAUGAAGACGGCCAAGAAAAUAUAUAACAAGAAAUUCACAGAGCUCUCGGGAAAUGACAUAUUCAAGGGUGACGUUCCUCCAUCAGCUGCUGAUAAAUCACUGAGUACGGCAAAACUGCGAGAGAUGAGUGGCAAUGACAUCUUUGCUGACGGGAAGGCAGAGUCUCGAGACUAUUUAGGUGGUGUACGCAAGCCCCCAGGUGGCGAGAGCAGCAUUGCCCUGGUUUAACAUGUUAGGUCUAACUCAGUUGUUUUAUGAUCCCUUGGUGUCUGGUUUUGUUUUUAGUCCUAGCGAGGAUGUGUUAUUAUAUUAUUUGACCUUGCAUUCUGGGUUUCGGGAAUUGGGAAUUGUGGUUAGGUUUUAACGUGUCAACCAGAACUAUGGACUAAAGUACUAAUUAAUUGGGUUGAAUGUCCAUAAUCUUGUGUUUUCUGCGGCUUGUCUUAAUGAAAGUGCUUGGGCUGCUGUUAGCACUUUUAGCAGCUUAAAUUUUAUCA